AUGCCCUCGCAUACCGCCAGCGCCACCUCGUCCACCCCACCCGCGUUCCAGCACGCGCUCUCGCUCCCCAUCCCCGAGCCAACCCUGCGACACUCGUUCCGCCUCGUGUGCGACCUCGAGGCCGUCCGCAGCCUCGGCGAGGGCCUCCACGGUGACGGCGGCCAGUUCAACUGGAUUAACUUUACGGGCGGGCAUUUCGAGGGGACGUUCGGCAGCGGCGAGGUCGUAGCCGGCGGCCAAGACUCUCAGCACCUGCUUCCCCCGACGCACCCUUCCGCACCUCUCGCCGCCCAGCUCUCGACGCGGUACCUCCUCAAGCACUCGUCGGGCACCUUCAUCCAGGUCCAGACGCGUGGCUGGCGCACGGGCUCGCUCGACGUCCUCCAGCGCCUGUCGGACGCGGCGCGAGGCGGCAAGGACAAGGACGGCCGCGACGUCGUCGUGCCCGGCCCGGACGAGUACAAGUUCCGGCUGUGCAUCGAGAUGGAGACGGACGCCAAGCGCGACCUCGCGUGGCUGAACCAGGCCAUGUUUGUUGGGAGCGGGAUCAGGAGCGGGAGGCAAGUCAUCUACGACGCAUACCUUAUCGAGUAG